UGCCCUGUCAAGAUGUCUCCCCGCUCGCCGUAGCGUACUCGUAUCGCAUGUAGGUCCUGUCGGCAAAGUGUGAGGGGAAAAACUAUAAACAACGGGAAAAAAAGAAAGCGAAAACCCGGAAUCGCCCGCAGAACCUCGCCACCCUCCGUCCGUUUCUGUGAUCUCAGCGGGACUCGGCCGAAGAACGACACUUCCGAAGCGUGUUCUUCCACGGAGGCAGUCAUGAGUUGAUCCACACGCAGGGAAAGCGUUCAUCGCUGGCGCACGUCAGCACGGUGUCCAGAAAAGCCUGUGUCACGUGGAGGGCGGGCAUGGACUGGGACUGGCCUGCCUCCCACGCCAGCUGUCAUCACUUCCAGACGGCCAGACACGCCAGCUGAGUGACGGUGUGGCCCGCAGUGCAUCACCAUCAGCAUGGGCAACCUCAACUGCCUCGCACAGUCGCCCGACACUCGGUCGUCACUUGACAGUGCCUUGCGGCACAAUGAUGGCGACCCGGACAACAAGACCGGUGCGGACGGCAUGGCACUGCAGGUUUCGGGCGGUGGCGGGGAUCACAACGGCGGCUUGCGGCCCCACGACGAUCGCUACUCCAAGCGACCGCCCGGAGGCGUGGCGGUGUUGCCGCUGAAUGGGCCCCUUCGCGAUCACCGCGAGGGCCCACCUCAGAGAGCGCCCAACAUCGCCGGCUCCGCCCAGGGCAAGGUGGUAGUGGCUCUUUACACCUACAAUGCGAGGGACGAUGGUGAUCUCAGCUUUAGGAAGGGAGACCGGCUUCAAAUUCUCAACGAUAGUGACCAGGACUGGUGGCAUGCCAAGCAAUUGAAUGGCACGCAGACUGGCUACAUUCCACAGAACUACGUGGCUUUCGAGAAGACCGUAGAGAGCGAAGACUGGUUCUUCGGCAAGGUCUCGCGGAAGGACGCUGAGAAGAUGCUCAUGCUUGCCUCCAACCCGAGGGGCACGUUCCUCAUUCGAAACAGUGAGCAGACAACAGGGGCGUUCUCACUGUCAAUCCGCGACUUCGAACCAACCAAGGGGGACCACGUGAAGCAUUACAAGGUGAAGACCAUGGACAACGGUGGCUUCUUCGUCACCACUAAGAAGACCUUCUCCACACUCCAAGAGCUCAUCUCCUACUACAUGGAAGGUGCAAAUGGCUUGUGCCAUAAGCUCACGAUUGCAUGUCCCAAGCCCAAGCCUGUGGUGUGGGAUUUGUCGCCAGAGACGCGUGACGAGUGGGAGAUCCCGCGCAGUGCGGUGCAGCUCCUCCGAAAGUUGGGAAGCGGCAACUUUGGCGAGGUCUGGUACGGCGUAUGGAAGGGCAGCACGGAGGUGGCCAUCAAGACGCUGAAGCCGGGCACAAUGGACCCGGCGGCGUUCCUCCAGGAGGCGGCCAUCAUGAAGAAGUUCAGGCACGAGAGGCUAGUCUCGCUCUAUGCCGUCUGCUCCAAGGAGGAGCCCAUCUACAUCAUCACCGAAUAUAUGGCCCAUGGCUCGCUGCUCGAACACCUGCGUGGCCCUCACGGUCGCGCACUCAAGCUGCCCACGCUCAUCGACAUGGCCUCACAGAUUGCGAGCGGCAUGGCCUACCUGGAGAGCAAACAGUUAAUCCACCGUGACUUGGCUGCACGUAACAUUCUUGUUGGUGAGAACAACGUGGUCAAGGUCGCGGACUUUGGACUGGCCAGGAUCAUCGAAGACUCCGAGUACACCGCAAGGCAAGGUGCCAAGUUCCCCAUCAAGUGGACAGCCCCCGAGGCAGCCCUGUACGGCAAGUUUUCCAUAAAGUCCGACGUGUGGUCCUACGGCAUCUUGCUUUACGAACUCAUCACCCACGGGCAGAUACCUUAUCCGGCAAUGCCCAACCGUCAGGUGAUCGAGUACGUGGACCGGGGUUACCGGAUGCCCAAGCCGACCAACUGCGAAUGCCCGGACUCUGUUUACAACAUCAUGCUCAACUGCUGGGAGGCCGACCCCGAGAAGCGGCCAACGUUCGAGUUCCUCUUCGGCUUCUUCGAUGACUACUUUGUUUCCACUGAGCCCAGCUACAGGGACGCCGAGGAAUUCUGAAUUGGCAGCGAGUGAAAGGUGCUGUUGUUGUGCGAGAGACGUCCGUCGCACGGGUUUCGAAGGUCGGUGCACCAUCAGUAUAAGUGUGGCCUCAGAGACGCACGCGGCAAGAACGCAAGUCAAACUGCGGUGCAUUGGCUCCCAUCGGCUCAACACGAAGGUGAAGCGGGUUGAAGACAACAGAAGCAGUCUAUGGCUGUUGCGUGCUUGAUCGGCUGCAUAUCAACCAGUCAACGGUCAAUGCAUGUACUUGCGUUAACUUGGUUCUGCCUUGGCUUAACUCUGUUGUACAGUGAGGCAACAGAAACUGUUGUGUAUCAUCGGUGGCCUUUAUUCACUCUAUCGGCUGAUUUAGUUAACACAUCAGCCAGAUAAAGAUCACUGCACGCAUUUUCCAUCGGUUCAGCCUCGGUUUCUACAUGCGAUUGUAACAUGGAGCUUGCAGAAGACAAGCGCACCUGCUGUGUGUUGUAUUUGUGCAAGGUUGGCCUGUGUCAACAAUGCCAGUGAACGUAUUAGUUUACAUUGUUUCAGUUUUGGCUUCUGUCGGCCGUGCGGUCUGUGUACCUCAUAUCACGAGGGUACGUCGUGUUAUGCUGCUAAACGGGAAUGCAUGAGUGAUACAGACAAUGGUAAUGUCGCAUACGACGAAUUACCGCAAAGUUUCGUGGUCUUCCCACCUUAUUGGUUUUGUAAAGGCAGGCUCAUAUGCAGGGAACAACAAAGUUUUGCUUGCUCGUUAUAAACAAAAACUGGAAGGUUUUUAUCCUGCUAAAGUCAUCGUUUGUAUUUUCAACUUAGUUGUCUGUGGUUGACGGCUUAGCGAACAAACCGGGUUUCUAGACUAGCUAUUAUGCACAACCGAUGCUCUGGUUAUGCACUGGACGCACUAUCUUGGCUGCCUUUAAAUUAACGUAGAAGCAGGACCGCCUUUCUCUCAUUUGCUCAGGAAAGCAAAAUGUUUUGAUUAACCUGCUGACUACGUUUCACUUGAGCAACGCCUUCGUGUGUCAUAAGUAUAAAACCUAAUGAAAUCAAGCAGUGAACGGACUGCUGCACAAAGCUGCCGCUAACGUUAUUAAAAUAUGUUUUUGCCUAUAGGGUACUCUAGUAUAAAAAUUAAUCUAUCCACAGUGCUGCGCAGGUGUUUAAAAAAGAGAAUCUCUCCCAAAGACUGCCAGUGCCCCUUCUUCCUUCAGAGCUGAUGAAAAAGCUCACAUUAUGAACAUUUAACGCGUGACGUAAGCUCACUUGAAUAUUCUACAUGCAUAUCAUCUCUUGGAUAAUAGUGUCAGUCUUGUGUGCGUGUGGUUACUGUAAACAUUGUGCUGUCCCUUGUUAUUUAGUAAAGACGUAAUUCGCUUCCAGUAUUAAGUUGACAGCCUCUGUGGACUGCUGUUGGAAUUGAAGUUGAGAUCCCACUCAACAAGGUUGCUAAUUGGGUGAGCUGGAGUUGAUUCAUUGUUUUAAUGAGGCAGCACUUACAGAGACGGUCUGUUUUCCCAACUGUCCUGCUAUGCCCGUCUUCCAAGAUGGCUUGGCUUUCCGAGACCCGUCUGAGCUUGUUAUUCCGCGUUAGCCCUCGGAUCGUAUCUAUUGCCCUCCUCUUCUUGGAAUGUGAAACAAAUGUCUGACUUGCGGUAGGCAUAUGGCCUAGACGUCUGAAUAGCUUCUGGAGGUAGAGGGUGUGGGCUGACUGCUCAAAUUGUACUUCAUAUGAAGUGGUUGCGUUUCGCAGACACAUUUAUGACAGGUAUACUGGUCGACUUCCAAUUCGUAGAAGACGAUGUUACUGUCGCAACAUUUUUUUUUUUUUUUUGCGAGUGUAAAGAUGCUGCACUUGGGGCAUUGCUAAUUCUGCAUCGUCCCUUUGUGUGCAAUGGUGCAUUUCAGUACAGGUUCUUCGCAUUGGUUCACCCAAGCCUAGAGGCUGUUCUAUUAGCAGUCCUUUCUCGAAUGCUUUCACACUGUGUGAGAUUUCUGAAGUGCCCAAAGAACUUCUUGACAUCACAGUAAAGUCUCUACAGCUGUCCCAAUUGUCAUCGUCGCCUUUUUUUUUCCUUCUCUCGUGAGUCUUCGACCAUCUGCAUCUUUCUUCAGUGGUGCACAUUUGCCCUCUUUCCAAUCUUGCUCCAGCUGUAACAGGCUUAGCAAGAGGAUCUGUCCAUCUCUCCUGGUUGUGUUGCGUGUCACAAUUUUUUUGUGUGUGUGUUUGUGGCGCUUCUCACUUUCAACAAAACUUGGUUCCUGUUCCAAGAAAUGCAAUACUUUUCAUGUAACUUUAUUAUGUUUUUGCAUAUGAGCUGGAGUGUUCUUUUGUAGAUCUUUACUUUAGACAUUUGUACAAUAGAAUGAAGGUUAUUUCGAUGAGGGUUAUGAUUGUGCAGUGAAGAUUUGUUGCAUUGUUCUCUUGGUUUUUUGCGACAUUUACGUUGCAUGCUACGUGCAGCCUCACAUUCUUUCGUGCUUUGGAGUUUUGUGUUUUUGUGGGUUAGAGUAGAAAUGCAGCCCAUGUAAUUAUUUUGUGAGCAAGUCAUCCGCACACCAUUCACUGAAGCAGAGUACUUAAUCCUCUAGUGUCCUAAUGAGUUUGAAAAAGCUUGCUGCCCGUGUCACACACCUUAACGCAGUACUUAAUCUUAGCUUCACUGAACAGGCCUUACAGUCUUAGGUCUUAUCACAUGUGGUAGCUGUCAUGCGACAGUAGGUCUGUCACAUGUGGCAGUUUUGGUGUGACGGCAGUCACGUGAUGUCUGUCGUGUCAGACUGGUGCCUAUGUUCAUUGAGCAAGCCUUGUGACAUGUGACAGUAGUGGAACAGCUUGGUGCAUAAUUCCUUGAGUAGGCUGAUACUAUAAAUUGCUGGAUAUCGUGUGUCAAUGCGAGAGUCUCAUGUGGCAAAUGUGUCGUCUGGCAGCAAUGCAUUUGUCAUGAGUGACAAUUGCACAAUGAUAGAUGGAAGUGUGUGCUGCAGAUUGAAACUUCUGUCCAUUGUGCCAGCCUUGUGGUCUCCGACCUCGCUUCACGCUCAUGUCACAUGUGACAGUAGUGAUGUGACCAUAUGCAUGUGACAAGUCGCCAAUCAGUGUCUCCUCCUAUGCAGAGUUUGUGGCCCAAAACAAACAUGUGCGAAGAACAAAAUAAUAUUCGACUAGCUGUUGAUGAGCUGUGAUGCUAAUCACUACCUUAUAGGACCCCUGACACCAAAUUCGGAAACUCGAGAUGCUUGUGUUUGAUAGUCCUGCAUGCGGGGCCACCUCUGACCGAUUAUGAGUGGCGAGCAUUGCCUAGAAGGUAUUUUAAUUUGGAUUUGAAGUGAGGGUGCGUGCUCCCUCGAGUAUUCCAGUACAAUCAUUUUCUGUGGUUUCAGAUAGACAGGGGAUCCCUUUGUGACGUUGCAGAAGUCAAGAACAUUUGUGGGGCGCGCACAAUACCCAGACUGGCACCCCGCGAGGACUAUUGUUCGUCACCCCUCUGGCUCUGUUGUCGCUCUGCUCUCGAGGAGGUUUAAGCAGGAAUGCUUGUCUUUUUUUCUGAAAGGGACACGCUCAAGGCACCCACAUCGUUUCAUUCUUCACCACAGCAGGUCCCCCUAUUUCGAAACGGCGUGCUUCAGCGUCACCGAAGUUGAGCACAUGAAGUCGCAAGUGCUGCUCCGCUGUGGGGCGCUAGUUUCUUAUAGUAUUUAAGCAGGUGUCCCGAAUUCACACAAAGUGGUUCUGAAUUAGUGCCGCAAGCAUUAAUUAUAUGAUACGUUAGAGCACAUACAUUAUACAGUAAUUUCAGCAUUCCCAGACACAAAGCUACAAAUUACUAUAACAAACUCGCAAACAAAACUUUUGCUGUCAGGGGUCCUUUAAAGGUGUUUGUUAAGUUUCCCUUAUUUUAUAACAUAUCAACAAUUGCUUUUUGACCAUGUGACGUACAAAUUAACACUUCUGCUCAUGCCUGAUAGCCACUCUUUAACAAUGUCACUGACUGGAGCUCCUCAAUAAGGGGUUUAAAACAGCUUCGCCUUUCUUACAUUUAAACUGAUCAGCUUUUCUUGUUGACAUUUUGAAUUGUCCGGUUGCUGUCUGGGACAGUAUCUACAUGCAUAUCACUGAGUCAAGCCUGUGCAUUUGAGAAAGAAUGGUUGAUGAUUCCCGUUUGCUCAGCUGAGACCGUAAUGGCAAUAGGACGUCGUGUCAUUGUAUUGCUCAAUUCACUAUCUAGGGAACGUGAAGCUACAAUAAUUUAGCUAAGUGGAGGUCGAGGACGGGCAUACCGUUUUCCUUUUCUUUCUAAACAGUGAUACAGAGCUUCUAUACUUUUGUUUCAUAGACAGGCAGCUCACAAAAACGAAUAGAAAAAAAAUUUUACAAUGCAUUUAGCAAUGCUUACAGACAUUGAUCCUGGUUGAUUUCCAGCCAGAGUUGUCAGGCGCUAUUGCACUAACUAGCAAAUUAUCGCCACAAAAGAACCCCAAAACAAGCAGCACGACUUUCGCUAAGAAGCUCGAAACACGUGGCAAAUUAACAAAUUUUUCUAUUUUCGAAAAUAUUUUAAUUAUAGUACGAACACGAAGGAGGGUUGAAAAAAAUCAGUUUAAUUGUUUUGUGAACAGAAAAUAUGCGCAACUAUGAACUAAAGCACAUAUUUAGUUUUAACGUCUGUAGGGUAGUCUUCAUUCGGUUAACUGCCCCUUUUCCAGUGCAUGACACAACGUUGCUUGUCGAUUUCCCCAAUGCAUGGUUGACUUCAACACUCAGCUACUCAAAUUCAUCCUCAAACGUGAUGUCAGUGAAUGACCAAUGCACUAUUGGUGAACAAGCAACUGGGACAUUGUACAAGCAGCUCGGUGAAAAAAGAUGUUAAAGUCUGCGCAUUAUAAGCCGAGUGACUAUGUUUCCCGCAUGCGAGGCAUCAUGUAUAUGUCUAGAACAAAACAUAUGUUAACAAACACUUGUUGUUUAAAAUUAGUAGUUUAGGCAAUUUUUAUCAUAAAAACAUGCUUUAUCAAAGGGCCAGUAAACAACCUUGAGGUCCAAAAACUGUUAUGAAGAGAAAUAUGCGCGCCUUUGCUUUGUGGACAUGCUGCCGCAAAAAUUUUGUGAAUACAUGCUAUAUUAAGGGAGUUGCAGGGACUAGAACAUCGGUUUCUGCUGGUUUCAAAUUUUCGCGCAGCUUAGCCAAUGCUUGAGACUGGUUUACACCAAUUGAUGCGCUGCAUACAGCAUCAAGUGGCCGACCGACAACUUUGUGUCACUGCACGUGGAAGAAGGAUUGCAGGCGUAGGAAAGGAGCGCAAGAAUUGUUUUUCGAAAUGAAGCUUACGCGCAGUGUUGUAAUAUUUGGGAAACGUGAUCGCCGCGGUCUACUCUACGAAUUGCCGAGCUUCCUUGAGGGGGUGUAAAAAAGUAUGAGCCUAUUGACUGGCCCGUUAAAGGCCAACUCUGGCAAUUUUUCGACCAUGUUCAGGUAAUGGUGUUUCUAAGUUCCUAAGACACUCUUGUCAAGAGCCCAAUAGCUGAAAUGCUCAAUAAAUUUUAAAAUAAUUUUUAAUAAGCAAGAAGGUGCAAUACCGAAACCCAACCGGGUGCCCUGACUGUGUAUGACGUACUAUUUGGUAAGAACCGGAGGCCAGAUACUGGUCCCACCGGCGCAGAGUAUAAAAACUGUGAAAGCCAGACAUGCGAAGCGCCGGCCUAACUCUACGAAGGAAAAAAGAAAGCUUUUCCGUGCUAUACCCGUGCCAAACACCACCACCGUCGCCUCGUGCCCAGCACAAUAAAUGCUGUAGCAGCCGAAAUAGCCAUGCCAUCGGCUGUGUCACUCCCGUUGACAUGCCAAACAUGACGUCACACAGACAGUGCUGCCAAUAAUACUGAAAAACGAAGUGAGCUUUUCGAGGCAAUCUUUAAUAUUCAUUUGCAAUGAAUCGGUGCAUUUUUCAGGCCUGUAAUUUGGCAUAAAUUAUGAAAUGUGCAAGGGAACGUACCCAGCGAAUUUAAUUGAGAUCCAUUGACCUCGAAAAAUCGCCGAAGUUGGCCUUUAAGUAACUUUCGUGCAUAGAGGAUCUGAUGUUAUGAUUCUCCUUCACACUAGCAGCUGCAAACAUGCAUUGGAACUGCAAGCACACAACUUCGUUAGGACUCAGUUUGUGGUAUUUUCCCCUUAGACACUUGCCACCGUAUCACCUCAACAUAUUCUCCUUUCCCAAUACUUCGUAGAACAUAAUGAGUUUACUGCCGAGGACCGUCUAGGGUCCUCUAGAGCUGUGUGGCAUUUAGGCCACUUCUUUUCCCUGUUUGCAAAGUAAAUGUGGCCAUGCAAAAAAGGAGCGCACGCAUGUGCCGUAUUUUCAUAGGCCAUUAUUUUUUUACAAUUCCGGCAACUUUACUGCCAUUUUCUAGUAUCACAGUAGCUUUGUUCGUUUAAGUGUUGUCAAGUCCUAAUAACAGCUUACGUCCUGCCCGAUUCCGUUUACUACUACACACCUCACGUUUACUUGUAGACGGUGGAACACACAGACGUUGUCUGGUAACAUAUUCUGUCAUCACCAUAGGUCUAUUGCCUUUAUAUAUAUAUAUAUAAAUAUACAUAUAUAUUUCAGCACUUUUGCUUGUAUACAACUCUAGCCCUUGCAAACAUGAUGAAAGGUAUCCAUUUGGUAAUGUACCAAUUUUUUUUACGCAAAGUGAUUGUUGGUGCUGUACUUUUUCUUUUGUUAGACUGUGAUUAUUGUCUCGGUACUUGAUGUCUUCUGAUAACGUUGCUGCUUGGCUGUACCGAAUGUUGUAUAAAUGAAAGCUACUCUUCCACAGACAACUGUUGGCUCGCCUAUGCUUAACAUUCGCGCGGUAAAGGCAUUUCGUGAUGCGCUUAAUUCAAAACUAUCGUGACUGAACGUAGUAAUAAUGCCUGGCAAUUUAAUUGCCCAUUCUACAUCAUUAGCACGCACUGUGCUGCUGAAUAUAAGGUAAUUCGAAUUUCUGACCGGAAUUGAUGCUACGCAAUGUGAAAUCUGCUCCGUACGUAAUGGACAUUAAAGCGUACUGCGAAAUGCCACCUUGCGCGACUUUCAAGCAUAGUCGGUCCACUGGCUUACCCAAAAAAGCCUGUCUGGCCUAGUUAUUCAACAUCCGGUACAUUUCACCGAGUGAAUCCGUGUCGCUGGUGGAACAUGCCGCACAUAACAAGCGUGCAGCUGUGUGUCUAACGAAUGCAUCGACUGCACCACAGCGUUUUUCACCUAUGAUGCGUGUAACUUAGAGGUACGAUUUGCCUCGCAGCAGUGGUCGAUUUUGGAAAAUAGCAAGCUCUCACGAGAGAUUUCACUACAUGUGUCAGCUAGCCAAGGCACACACGAUAACCAAGACGUAGACGUAGCGUGGAUUUUGGUGCCGGGACUAUGCGGAAGCAUUUGCAACGAAUGAGACUGCAACAACGGAGCGUGCGAAUGUUCUUUAAGUGUGAUAUCAUUAUCAACGCACCAGUUCUCGAAAGUGCUCUGGCUUGAACGUGCGUUGUCGACGUGACCCAAAAAAGAACACCUUUGUGUUUGUCUCGCAGGCUACCGAAUGUGUCGUAUUUAUAUUUAUCUUUUGCGAUGAAAUCUUAUAUAAGUGUACAUAAAUUACAAUUUUUUCUAUUGUCCUUAUUUUUGCUUGUCUUAUGUUUAAAAGCCUGCUGCAACGAAAAUUUACACCAUAAAUACUGUAUGACUUGCAAAAUUUUACGGUCGAAGUACAUGUGGGAAAGUUAUGAAAAGGUCGCAAAAAAAAUGCAUAUCUGCAUUACUGAAAAAUAAAUGUGCCUCUGGCUGUUUGCCGGAUAUAAUGCAGAACCUGUAACAUUGAAAACCAAUGUGAUGCUGUAAAUAAUCUCUGAAUAUCUCCAAGGCUUUGGACCUGCGUUGUGUCAACCAUAUUUGCUGAAUUGUUAAAUGUUUCCGCAGGAUUACACUUACAGAAUGUACUAGUAACCAGUUUAGUGUUUAGUCAAAGUGAAAGUUUGUUGCAGUAGGCUUUGAAGUGUUUAACGAUAAUUAUGGAAAAGCACGAGCUCAAGCUACUUAUGCAUGUAUAACCUGCGACGCCGGGUUACUUGCGACCAAUCUUUCUGGGUUCUAUAUUUUAUCGUUCUAUUUUUUUUUUUAAGUAACGGGAGCAGACAUGGCUUACUGGAGCUUAUUUGUUUUGUUCUACUGUUCUUUGUUUCACUCUGGUGAUGUCAAUCUUUCCUUGUCUGCCAAAACAGUGUAGCCAUACCUCCAUUUGCAUUCAUUGGUCGUGAUACCUUGUGUACAAUAAAGAAUAUGCUGCUUUUA